UCAUCCUCCUCCUCACCACCACAGGGCUGUGUUACAGAGUGUUAGCCAGAGUCACUGGGAGCUGCUCAGUGGAUGUCAACUUUCUCCUCUUUUAUUUCACCCACUGGCACAAAAUGAAACACACAUACCGGCACUGCUUGUGUUAAAGGACAUAAUUUUAUGGCGUAACAUUUUCACUGCUCUUUACAGAAGCUGGCUGUUUGUUUUUUAUUUAUAUUCUAUUCUACAUUUUUAUUAUACCGUGCUGUGCUGCUAGCGUAUCCAGCUAGCUAGGCAGCUCUUCAGCUAGCUAAUCAUCUGCCGGUGAAAUUCCCAGCGACUUCAAUGAUGAUUCAGAGGAUUUUCAGCUCAUGAAGCAUCUCGAAGCUUUCUAUUUCCCGAAAUUUGGACUUUGUGGACUACGACACCAAAAUGAAGAAGCAGUUUAAUCGGAUGAAACAACUCGCUAACCAGACAGUUGGCAGAGCUGAAAAAACAGAAGUCCUCAGCGAUGACCUGUUACAGAUCGAACGUCGCAUGGAGCUGGUGCGGGCUGUUUCCCACAACACACACAAGAGACUGGUUACAUGUCUGCAGGGACAGAAAAAGCUCCCACUGACAGCGUUGUCACAGGCCAUGCAAGAUGGCGGGAGCCAACUAGGAGAAGACUCUCUUAUUGGGAAAAUGAUGGAGGUGUGUGGCGAGGCGGAGAACAGACUGGCGUCUGAGCUGAUGCAGCAUGAGAUUCAGAUUGAGAAGGACAUUUUAGACCCACUAAAUCAGUUAGCUGAGGUGGACAUCCCCAACAUACUCAAGCAGCGAAGACAACUUGCCAAGCUGGUGCUAGACUAUGAUUCUGCUCGAACAAGGUGGUUGCAGGCAACCAAAUCUAUAAUCUCGGGAACAAACACACAAGCACUGACAGCCAAGGCAGACUCACUUAAAGAAGAGAUGGAUGAAGCAAUGAACAAAAUGGAGCUCUGCAAGGAUCAACUCUCUGCCGACCUGUACAAUUUCUUUUCAAAAGAGGGGGACUACGCACGCUACUAUGUAACGUUAUUAGAGGCUCAAGCGGAUUACCACCGAAAAUCUCUCUCUGUGCUGGAAAGUGUCCUGCCAACCAUUCAGGCACAGCAAGAUUCAUGGACAGAGAAGCCAGCAUUUGGAACAGGCUUGGAUGAGCACCUGAAGCGGAGUAGCAGAGAGAUAGCGCUGCCCAUAGAGGCCUGUGUGAUGAUGCUGCUAGAGACGGGCAUGAAGGAAGAGGGUCUUUUCCGGAUAACUGCAGGAGCCUCUAAACUGAAGAAGCUUAAGGCAGCGCUGGACUGCUCCACCUCUCAGCUAGAGGAGUUCUACUCUGACCCACAUGCGGUUGCUGGGGCUUUGAAGUCCUACCUUAGGGAACUGCCAGAGCCUCUUAUGACUUAUGAGCUCUAUGAUGAGUGGAUUCAGGCAUCCAAUAUAUCUGACCCAGACAAAAGGUUACAAGCUUUGUGGGUGACCUGUGAUCAGUUACCAAAGAACAACAAAGCCAACUUUAGGUAUCUGGUGAAGUUUCUUGCUAAGCUUGCCCAAGAAAGUGAAAUUAACAAGAUGACCCCCAGCAACAUUGCAAUUGUCUUAGGACCAAAUUUGUUAUGGCCAAAAACAGAGGGGAGCCUAGCAGAGAUGGCAGCUGCUACCUCUGUCCACGUAGUUACUAUUAUCGAGCCCAUCAUUCAACAUGCAGACUGGUUUUUCCCUGAAGAUGUGGAGUUCAAUGUAUCAGGCAUGUUUUCAAUGCCCACUCCUAUGACAAACCAUGUCAACCAUCUGACCAUACCCGACUAUGACUCGGGCACAACAGAGAGGAAGAGACCUAACAGUAUGGUCGGACCUGAUAGUGACGUGGCCAAACGAGACAGCUCUGCUAACAAAUUAACGGAGCACAAUCCCCGUAGAGGCAGUACACUAACUAGAAAGCAGCAUGCUUCCCCUGCCUUCCAGCCCCCUCUGCCCCCGGUGGAGGCUGUCAGUAAUGCAGGAGGCCAGCCUGUAGCUGAGCUCCUGCUACAGCAGCCUGCACCAGAGGGCCUGGGUAUGGAGGCCUGCCAGCCUAGCUUGGCACUGGGAAUGGCAGCCCUAGCAGCAGCACAGCAGCUUCUAGCACAACAAACUGAGGAGAUCAGUUCAAAGUCGAGUGACGCAGCAUCCACACCUCAGAGGAAUGGCUGUGGAGGUUCACAGCUGAGUGUGGCAUCUCCAGCAACAGGAUCAUCAGGACAUAGCCCUCACAUGGCACGCAGAGCUAUAAAAAAGCCAGCUCCUGCUCCUCCUAAACCAGCCAAUCCACCUUCAGGUCAGCCGGGCAGCCAGUCAGCUCCACAGCCUUCAUGUGGGACUCCUCAAUCCCUCUCUCCAUCUCCGAGACCUCUCUCCACUCACUCUCCAAGCAGUCUUAGCCCCACUCAGUUAGUAAUUCAGUCUAGCACAAUACCUCGGCGCCAUUCAAGCAACCAGCCUCCCCUCCAGGCCCCCAACCAUCCACCCCCAGAGCCCCCCAGCCAGGUCACUCCUACUCCUCCCCCUCCUCAGCCCACAGCAGUUGGAGAUCCAGGAGAGGAGCCAUCUCCACCCAGUACUCCCAGUCCCCCUAAAACUCCUCCACCUUCUGUGGUUCCCCCUGAAUAUGCAAGCACAAAUGUUCCUUCCCCAUUUCAGUCUGGCUCUCUGCCUCGGCCUCGGCCAGUGCCUAAACCACGCAACAGACCCACCGUUCCGCCUCCACCACAGCCUCAGAGUGUGGCCAGCGACACCAGUGACACUAAUGACAUCUGGAGUGCUGCCUACAAAAUGAUGGAACCAGGAAUGUCAUUCAAAGGGCUGGGUCGAGUUCUUAUUCCUGACAUUGCCCCAGAUCAGCAGCCCGUUGCUCAGCUAAAGGACUCGGACUUGGACUCAGAGAGCACCGUCCUGUGAAGGUGAGGAUAUGGCUGCCAUAAACCUGCUACCUGUUCCUCACAGCCCAAGGACUCUCUGAAAUGCUGCUGCUUCUUCCCUUUCACCAAGUUCUCUUCAGCUUGGUUGCAUUUCACCAAAGAUUUGGACCAUCAGUAGCACCCAGAGGAAUAGCGGCAUGGACAUAUUGCAUGGCACCAAACAGGUUUAACGCUAUCACUCUAAAUUUCAUUUUAUUGUAAGGAACUGGCAAAAAGGUUGAGGUACUAGUUGGUGUUUCUUAAGUGGCCUUAGUUUUAAAAAGCAAGAGAGAACAAACCAUAUUAAGCUUGGGAUGAUAUUAAGCAGAAACCAUAUACUGUGGCUUUAGAGUUACCUUGUGACUGCAGGUUUCCAGUCAGCUAAUAUACUCGACCCCUAAAUUUAUGUAUGGAAACUGUCCUACAUCUGUUUCCAUGAACACAUUCCCUAAGGCUCAAUUGUUCUAUUUUUCAUUUGAAAGUCUUAUUAUUAUGCCUCACAUGUUUAGCUGAAUUUCCUGCAAUUUAUUAUCAAUAUAGCCUAUUACCUACAGUAUAAAAAUGUACACACGCCACAAGGUUAGUAUUCUGUCUUCAACAGUUAAUGGUUUCCUUAACUUAAGGCAUUAAUGUGAUCAGUCCCUCAUGACUAAUUUGACAGCAUUAAGUCACCUGUGUAUAAUAAUUUGGUUAUCUGUGUAAGAAAUAUUGAACGAGACAUUUAACAGGCAGUGUGUUAGUUUAACUCUUUGGUAAACGACAGACAGACAACAAACUGACAAAUGACAGAACCCUGACAGUCUGUGACUUGUUGGACAAGAACACUGUGUGGUAUACUGAAUGUUUUACUAUGAUUAAAAACCCCACAAGAUCUUGAAUGAUAGCAAGUGACAAAAAAAAAAAAUAAAAAUAUGCCACUCUCAAAAGCAUA